UUAAAAGUACAAACUGCGAAUAGUAUGAACCACAUUAUGAAUAAUUUAUGUUUAAUAACUGUUCUUAAUAAAAAUAGUUAUCAAAAGCGAAUAAGAAUUAUAAACGGUCAAAUUUAUAGUAGAAAUCAUGUUGAUAAAAACCGAAGAUCUAAUUUCGUUCCCAUUUUGAAUUUUAUCGAACUUCAUCGAAGAAUCGCAAUCAAAGUUAAAAUAUUUCGAUUUAUCGAUCAAAAACGUUUAGACGAAUAAUUUAUUGAAAAUUUAAAAAGUUGAUAUUUUACAGUAAAUAAUUUUAAAUAAAUCAAUAUUGUAAUUAUUUCACACCCGAAAGAUUUAUGUGAUAAAUGAUUAUGUCUACUGUCUUGUAGAAAAUUAUGAUCUCACUAAAUCUUAACGCAUCAAAUUAUUAUACGAAUACAUAGUGCCAUAUUUUUUUUUCUUUACUUUAAAAUAAUAGUCUAUAUUUUAAUAAAAUUACUACUGUGGCCCAAUAUUGUAAAUUUUAAUAAUAGAACCAACCCUCUAACAUUCCAAACGUUCUGAAAUUAUAUUCGUAUAUUCACAUCUUGAGUGAACAAGUGGUGCAAUUAAUACUACUUCUCACAUAAUUUAAUGUUGCAACACACGAAUUCAAAAUGUACUUAUGUCAAGUUUUUACAAAAAAGAGUUUCAAAAACUCGGAAAAAUUAUUCAGAUGAUAUAACCUACAAGAAUGGAAUGUUUAAACUUAAACAGAGCGGCAGAAGUAGAAGUUAUAGAAAAUUUCAUCAAAACUCCCACUUUCAAAUUCAUACAACAUUACCCUCGCAGUCGCAAAUUAUUAUUGCAGGUGCGGGAACAGUGGCUAAUUCUGUUGCUUAUCAUCUUGUUGUUAAUGGAUGGAAUGAUGUACUUGUUCUGGAACAAAAUAGGAUUGGAAGUGGAACAUCCCAUUUUGGUUCUGGUACACUGGGUCUUUUCAAACCAAUAUCACACAGGAACUUAAUAUCCUACAGUAUUAAGUUGUAUCAACAACUACAAGAAAUGGGAUAUGAUAUAGGUCUAAAACAAUGCGGUAGCAUAUAUUUAGCUCAAACCAAAGAUAGAAUGAUAGCUUUAAAAAGAAGGAUGGCUUAUAAUGUACCCACAGGUUUACAUUGCGAAAUUUUAGGAAGAGAUCAACUGAAUCAGUUAUAUCCAAAUUUGCAUACUGAAGAUCUUGAAGGUGCAGUUUGGGUUCCUGAAGAUGCAGUAGCUAAUUCUAGUGCAAUUUGUAAUGUUUUAGCCAAAUUAGCAAAAAUUGGGGGAGCAAAAUACAUUGAAAAUUGCCAUAUAGAAGAAAUUUACACUGAAAAUCGAGCUAUAAAAAGUGUAAGAACUGAACAUGGAAUAAUUUCUUGCGAAUAUUUUGUCAACUGUGCAGGAAUGUGGGCACGAGAAUUAGGAUUAAGAUGUAAUCCACCAGUCAGAAUCCCAGCAUAUCCUGCAGAACAUUUUUAUGCAAUUACUCCUUCUUUCUCAUCUAAUACAAACAUGGCUUUGCCAUGUAUACGAGAUUUUGAUUCAUACUCAUAUAUGAGAGAGUGGAAAGGAGGUUUAUUAAUUGGAUGGUUUGAACCAGAAUCAAAACCUGCAUUUGAGAAUGGUAUUGUUCCUACAAAAGACUGGAGAAAUCAUCUUACAGUUAACACUUCACAUUGGAAACCUUUAUGGAAUAAAGUAGUACACAGAUUACCAAUUUUGAAAGAUGUACAACCAAACGUAUAUAACUGCCCAGAUAAUUUUACACCAGAUGGUAGAUGGAUAUUAGGAGAAAGUCCACAAGUAAAAAAUUAUUUUGUUGCUGUCGGCAUGAAUGGAAAUUCAUUACAAGGAGCAGGAGGAAUAGGAAAAGAAGUUGCUGAAUGUCUAAUAAAUGGUGAAUCUACACAAGAAAUACUUCCUUUUAAUGUACAAAGAUUUUUAGAUUUACAUGGCAGUAAACGAUAUUUACAACAAAGAACAAAGGAAAUUGUUGGAAGAAAUUAUGCAAUUUUAUAUCCUCAUCAAUGUGAAUAUAAAUAUGCUCGAAAACUACGUUGUUCGCCUUUGUAUUCUGUACUUGAGGAGAGAGGUGCAAUUUUUGGUGUCAAAAUGGCUUAUGAACGUCCACUUUAUUUUGAUUCAAAUUAUAAAAGGGACAAAAAACCAAUCAUGCCGCCAGGCAGUUUUUAUAAACCUAAAUUUUUUGAUUAUAUGAAAGAAGAAUUUGUAGCAUGUAAAGAAGGAGUGGGAAUAAUAGAUAUGAGCUCAUUUUCGAAGAUUGAAAUUAAAUCUAGUCGUUGGGAAGUUGUAAACUAUCUUCAACAAUUGUGUUCUAAUGAUGCAAAUAUACCAGUUGGUAAUAUAGUGCAUACAGGAAUGCAAAAUGAAAGAGGAGGAUAUGAAAAUGAUUGUAUUUUAGUAAGACAAGCUGAAAAUAGUUAUUUUAUGGUUUCACCUACGUCGCAACAAACACGCAUAUAUCAGUGGAUGUUUAGGUAAAAGAAGUAACAGAAAUCAAAAAUAAUAUUUACUUUAAUUUUAUAAAAAUUAUUCAUUUAUUGUGCAGACAUUUACCAGCUGACUAUUCAGUAGGUCUUAAUGAUGUAACAUCAAAAUAUACUGUUAUCAAUUUAGUAGGACCUAAAGCAACGGGAUUACUUUCAGAACUUUCCAAUUCUAAUAUUAAUUUUUCUCCUUUUACAUAUAAGGUAGUUUACAUUAAUUUCUAUUUAAUAUUUCAACAGUAAUAAGCGGAAUUAUAAUCAUGUAUGUAUAUCAAUUUUAUGCAUUUUAAUCUUAACAGAAUGUAAAUGUCGCGUAUGCUUCUGAUGUAAUGGUAAUGUCAUUCACACAUACUGGUGAAUCUGGUUAUUGUUUAUAUAUACCAUCAGAAUAUGCACUUCAUGUAUACUCCAGAUUAAUGGAGGUCGGUAAAGAUUACGGAGUACGAGAUGUAGGUGUACUCACACAACGUUUCAUGCGAAUAGAAAGAUUUAUUCCAUUUUGGGCUGAAGAAUUGACACCAUUUGUUACACCAUAUGAAGCUGGAAGUGGAUACAGUGUAAAAUUAGAUAAAGAAUAUUUCAUUGGAAAAUUUGCUUUACAACGUCAAAAAGAACAAGGCGUAUCAAAACGAUUGGUAUUAUUUAUCGUUAAUGAAUUAGAUAUCAAUAAGGAUGUAUGGCCAUGGGGUGGAGAGCCUGUUUAUCGAAAUAAUGAAUUUGUAGGAACUGUUACAUCAGCGGGAUACGGUUUCGCUACAGAGAAGCAUAUAUGUCUUGGUUUUAUCAGUCAUCCCAAAUCAAGACAUGUACAAACUAAUACAAGUAUUGUUACAACAGAUUUUAUAAUGGAUCCUAAAGCUCGUUAUGAAAUUGAUAUUGCUGGUAUUAGAUUUCCGAUUAAACCGCACAUUCGUCCAUUACCUCUACCAACUCUGAAUAGUAAAUUAAAUAAGAAAUAUAUUCCUACCCCUAUUGUAUCAUAAAAUAUCAUAUUAAAGCCACAUUUUUCAAUAAUAAUCUUUUAUUUCCUUUUAUUAUUAUUAUAUGAUUGAGAUUUUAAUCAUUAUAAUUUUUAAUUAAAAUAAAAUGAAAAAUAGGGUUUUAAUUCUUGAAAGAUUAUUUUCUCUAGAAAUUUAAAUAUAUUUAUAACUGUAAAAAUGUUUAAACUAUAUGUUGUAUUGUAAUUAAGUAUCUACCAUUGUCUAACAAGCUAUGUCCUUUAAAUUAUUCUAUUCAUAGUUUGUAAAAAUAUAAAUAUUUUAUCCAAUUAAUAUACUAAUUCGAUGCAAUUUGAAUAUUUACAACUUAAUCAUUAUCAAUUAAUAAAGCGUUUGUAAUACUACAAAUAGUACAAUAAGUUUUGAUCUAAAAAUAUAUAUGUAAAACUAUAUCUGCUUUAUUUAUUAUUAUAUUAAAUUAGCAUACAUUUAAAUAAAUUUAUUUAUAGCAGAUACAUAUUUAUACAAAGUUUAAAAGGCCAUCGAACAAUUUAAACUAUUAUUUUUUCAAAAUAUGUUAUACAUAUAUACAUUAAAAUAAUAACUAAAUUUUCUGAAGCAAUUAUAUAUCUUAUGGUUCAAUCUUUUACACAAAACAUUUAUACGACAAGAAUUUUUACAAAUAUUUUUCAUUCUUAAUAGAAAUUAUGUAUAUAAUUUACCAACAUUUAUAAUUGUGUAUGUAAAUUAUAUAUUUGUCUAAUACAAUUAUUUUUCCAUUUCAACAAUUGAAUAUAUUAGCUAUCAUAAAUAUAAGUAUGUAAGAUAUUUACUAUCAUUUAUGAAAUUUUUUUGUAUAUGAAUAAAAAAAAACUUUUAUACGUAAUAAGCAAAAUGACUAUUAUGAAAACUUCAUCAUAUUAAUCAUUUUAACAGUGCAUAAAAAAUACUGCAGUGUUAACAUUAGAAUAAUUAUAUGAUUUUUGAUCUAAAAAAUGUAUAUUCAUAUACAUUGUUACCUUCUUAAUAUCUUCAAUAAUACAUACUUAAUUUUAGCUGUCGGUUUUUUAGAAAAUUUAUUUUUACAAAUAUUUCAAUAUCACCUUAUGAUGCCCAUGCUUCCAAUUCUUUCAAAUCUUCAUCUUCUUCUGGUUUGGCUUCUACAAGUCCUAGCUGGGGCAGUUGGAAUAGCAGUAGCUGGAACAUUUGGUAGUUCAUCAGUAGGUUCAAUACCAAGCAAUUCUUUAUCAAGUUGUUCUUGUUCAAGCUCUUCCAAUUCUUUUUCUAAUUCUUCUUCAUCUACGUCAUUUCCAAAUGCUACAGGAUUAGAGAUCGCAUCAGAAAUUUCUCUUGCUACAUCCUGUUGUUCGGCUAUGUCAUCCAUCAUAUCGUGUACUUGAUCAACAUCCAUGUGUUGAUGAACAGAUUUUAAUGCAUCUGCUGCAUUUUUCAUGGUAGUAAGUACAGCAGUAUUAGUAUUUGCACAUUCAAGUGCUUCUCUUUGACUUUCAAUUGUAGUAAGUGUACCAUCAAUUUGUUGCAACUGUUUUUCAUAACGUUUCUUUCUUUUAAGAGCCUGAAUUGCAGCUCUUUUGUUUUUUGUUCCAUUUUUCUUGGCAACUUGUAUUUCAAGCUCUAUUUUACUUUCGAGAAAAUCCUGUUUCUUUAUCAACAUAUCCUCUGUUUCGCGUAAUUUUUGUAUCGCCUCGGCUGUUGAUAAAGCUGCCGCUUCCUUUUUACCACCAAAUAUUUUACUAAAGAAACUCAUUGUCUUAAGUUCUACUUCGAACUUAAAUUAUAACCAACAAUCUUGAACACGAUAAACACUCCUCGUGCAAAAUCAACAGGCCAGAGUACUAUACUAAUCAAAUACCAAUCGCCAUAUUUCCUUUUGGCAUUGAUAUACGUCAUGACUCAUCGUUAGGUUACUAUGAAAUUUAGUUUCAUUCAAUUUAUCGGAAUCUAGGAACAAUCAAAUUUUUCGUUUCUAGAAUUUAUUUUUUAAACUCGUAAUAAUAAUUACAAUAUAUGAUUACGAUCUAGUUUAAAAAAUAAGCUAAUUUAAAAAGUUACGUACAUGUGAAACAUUUACCUAAUGGAGAAACAACUCAAAGUCGCUUAGCAGAAGCUUUAUAUGGAACACAGACUGAAAAUAAAAUGCUACCAGGAUUUGAUCAUAAUCGGGAUGAUGUUGAAUAUUAUCGUGUUCAACAAGAUAUUGACUGUGACGAAGUAUAUCCUGGAAUAUACAUUGGUGAUGCUGCCACAGCAAAAAAUAAAAAAUACCUCAAAAUGUUGGGUAUAACACAUUUGCUUAAUGCUGCUGAAGGAAAAAGAUUUGGAUGUGUAAAUACUAAUAAAAGUUAUUAUUCUGACACAACAAUAAAAUAUCUUGGAUUGCCACUUAUUGACAUGUGCACUACAGAUAUUAGCAAAUAUUUUGAUACUAUUGCAGACUUUAUCGAUGAAGCUGUUUCCACUGGAGGUAAAACUUUUGUUCACUGUAUGUUAGGAAUUUCACGUAGUGCAACAUGUGUGUUAGCAUAUUUAAUGAUCAAAAAAGGAAUGUUAGCCACAGAUGCAAUUCGAACAGUUCGCAAAAAUCGUUUUGUCCAACCAAAUAGCGGUUUUCUUCAUCAGUUAGCACAGUUAGACAAUCAAUUACGAAGACAGCGUUGAGUGAAUGCAGCUUUGUUAAAGUUAUGAAAUUUGUAAACAAUACAUAAUGCAUCGAAUUCUAUAGAUAUAUAUGUGUCUCUUUAUAAAUAUAAUAUAAAUAAUUCUUGAUACAUAUCUUUGUAUAUACAGAAGAACUCGAAAACUUUUGGUUAAAUUUUAAUAUCAGUUUCAUCAUUUUAUAGAGCAUUUCUCGAGCAAGGUUUAAAUGUGUGAAACAUUAAUUUUUACAUAGCAUAAAAUAAAAUCCGUGACAAAAGGAAAUCAAGCUAAAGAAAAAAUGGUUGUCUGAGUAAUCUCUUGGCUUAUGUUUGAAUUAUUAAUAAAUUAUAUCAGAAUAAUGUAUGGAAGACUCAAACGUAAAAGAUUAUACAAAAAUGUUUGAGACAGCGUACAUCUAUUUUUAAAAGAUAGCCCACAAUAAUCAUUUUUGUUUUAUAGUUUGCAAUAAAAAAUUAACGUUAAACUUACAAAUCAUUUCUUAAAAUUAUCAUAGUCAAUCUUUAUAAAAUAAAUUAUUCAUUAAUUUUAAAUAUUUAAUUAUACUUUUGUAAUCGUGAUAAUUCUGUAUACAAAAAUAAGUUGAGAGAAAGGAAUGACAUUUUUUCAUUUAAAUAAAGAGAAUAAAUGAAAAAUGUAAAAUAAAAUUUUUCUACAAGAUACUUAAAUUUAAAUAUUUAUCAAAUACAUUAUACCAAACUAUUUUAAUUAAUACAUAUACAAACUAUUUUUAAUUAAACAGGUUCAAACUCUAUUUAAAACAAAUCAAAAUUUUUGACUUAUUUUUGUACACAGAAUAAUCUCCUAUUAAUAAUACAUCUUUAUUCAGUCCGAAAUUAGCUAAAUUUAAGGAUGCUUGA